AGAUCUGACACAAAACUGAAACCAAAAUCGGAGACGACGCCUCUUCCCAAUCGGAGUUGAUUUCGAUUUCCCAUUUUUUUUUGUGGAUUUUGAUGUCUUUAUGUCUCGUCCUCCGAACUAUGAGUUUCAGGAAUGGUGGAACAGGCAGCGGGAGAGCAACCAAGAGCUGUUUUCCAAUGAUGCAACUCCCAAUGGUUUCUCCGCCGUCGACAUCGGAAGUCCCGCCCACGACAGGACUGCCGAGAAGGAUCGCGCGCGGAGUGCGCGCCAGCUGUCCUGGCUCUGGCGUUUGAAAUUCCAGCAACUCGCCUCCUCCCUCGCGUGGAUUACAAACGGCUCCAUUCUCCUGCUCCGUACAGCCAAUCGUCGAAUCGCGUCUCCUGAUUCGCCUUCCGAUUCUUCUGGUUCAAGGCUGUAUCGGAUAAUUAAGUUGUUUUUGGUUUUGGUGAUUCUGUUGCUCUGCGUGGAGUUGGUUGCGUAUUUUAAGGGAUGGCAUUUCAGUCCGCCUUCGGUGGAGUCGGCGGAAAUGGCAUUGGAGCUGGUUUAUGCGAAGUGGCUCGAAAUCAGGGCCAAUUACUUGGCGCCGCCGCUGCAGACCUUGACCAAUGUGUGUAUAUUGCUGUUUCUAAUUCAGUCGGUGGAUCGUGCGGUACUCAUGCUUGGCUGCUUCUGGAUCAAGCUUCGGAGAUUAAAGCCAACGGCGCCCAUGGAAUAUCCUGAGGGGCCAGUGGAGGGGGAGAAUGUGGAGGAUUAUCCCAUGGUACUGGUGCAGAUUCCCAUGUGCAAUGAGAGGGAGGUUUACCACCAAUCAAUUGCAGCAGUUUGUAUUUUGGACUGGCCUAGGGAGAGAAUGCUUGUACAAGUGCUGGAUGAUUCUGAUGAAUUAGAUAUUCAGCUUCUUAUAAAGGCAGAAGUGCAGAAAUGGCAACAAAGGGGUAUUCACAUAGUAUAUAGGCAUCGUCUUAUACGGACAGGCUAUAAGGCAGGGAAUCUGAAAUCUGCAAUGAGCUGUGACUAUGUAAAAGAUUACGAGUUUGUGGCAAUAUUUGAUGCUGAUUUUCAGCCAGCACCAGAUUUUUUGAAGAAGACUAUUCCUUAUUUUAAGGGGAAUGAUGACAUAGCAUUAGUCCAAGCAAGGUGGGCCUUUGUGAACAAGGAUGAGAACUUGCUCACACGAUUACAGAACAUAAACUUAUCCUUCCACUUUGAGGUUGAACAACAGGUCAAUGGUGUGUUCAUCAACUUCUUUGGUUUCAAUGGAACUGCUGGUGUCUGGAGAAUCAAAGCCCUUGAGGAGUGUGGUGGCUGGUUGGAAAGAACAACUGUUGAGGAUAUGGAUAUUGCGGUCCGUGCUCACCUAUGUGGAUGGAAAUUCAUAUAUCUGAACGAUGUAAAGAGCCUCUGUGAACUUCCUGAGUCCUAUGAGGCUUACAAGAAACAGCAGCACCGCUGGCACUCAGGUCCCAUGCAGUUGUUCCGUCUGUGCUUCUUUGACAUACUCCACUCAAAGAUGAGUUUGCCCAAGAAAGCCAAUUUGAUAUUUCUGUUCUUUCUGCUGCGGAAGCUUAUCCUGCCUUUUUACUCGUUCACUCUGUUCUGCAUCAUUCUUCCUUUGACAAUGUUCCUCCCAGAAGCUCAGCUGCCAGUUUGGGUUGUUUGCUAUGUCCCUGGACUCAUGUCUUUGUUGAAUAUCCUACCAGCACCACGUUCAUUCCCUUUCAUAGUCCCCUACCUUUUAUUUGAGAACACCAUGUCAGUAACCAAGUUCAAUGCCAUGAUAUCAGGACUGUUUAGGUUUGGGAGCUCUUAUGAGUGGAUAGUAACCAAAAAAUUAGGAAGAUCUUCAGAGGCUGAUCUUGUUGCGUAUGAAAAGGAGUCUGAAUCUAAUGCCUUAGUUGAAAGUACUGCUCUUCAAAGGUCAACCUCUGAUUCAGGCCUUAAUGAACUGAGCAAACUAGAAAUAAGCAAGAAAAUUGUGAAAACAAAUAGAAACCGUCUUUACAGGAAGGAGCUUGCUCUUGCACUUAUCUUGUUAGCUGCUGCAGUACGAAGCUUGUUGUUGGCACAAGGAAUUCACUUCUACUUUCUAUUAUUUCAAGGAAUCAGUUUCCUCGUAGUUGGUCUGGAUUUGAUUGGAGAACAAGUAAAUUGAAACAAAGAUGCCUUUAAUAGCUCUUUGAUUCCUGUAAGUUGGCCUCGAGGGCAGGUCAUGGUGGCAAAGCUUUUCUGUUGUCCUCAUGGAUCAUACCUGCAAUUUGUAGCCAUUGAAUCUGGAUUGAAGCAGUUCACACAUUGUCUCGUGGCCGGUAUUUAUACUCUUAUUUAUAUACGUAAUGGGGGUUUACCAUGUUGGUUAUGUUUGUCGAGCCAUGUGCUUUGGAUUAAUGUAAAGUUGUACGACUAGGUUUUGAAGAUGGUAAAAGACCUUCAAAACUGAUAUCUGGGGAGGUUGAAGUCUCUGUCCACUGUCCAGCAGAUUUCUUGUGUAAUACAGUGUACACUUUGCUUGCCCCCGUUAGAGUGAGGCGGGCUUCAUUGGGAGUCAUUCUUUGAUUUUGUUAGACAAGUUGUGUACGAUUAAAUGUAGUCUUCAUCA